AUCAGUUGCAAGAAUUUCUUCAUUGCGUUAAGAUGUUGUUUUUCCUUAACUUUUUUGUGCUGGUGUUCAGCACAGAACUGGCGUUGUUAACAGCAGCAGCAGAAGACGGCAGCUAUGAGAUCAUAAUUCUUCACAUCAAUGAUAUGCACGCGCGUUUUGAUCAAACCAAUGCUGGAAGCAAUAAAUGCCAAGAAAAAGACAAGAUUGCUUCCAAAUGCUACGGAGGAUUUGCAAGAGUUUCAACAAUGGUGAAAAAAUUCCGAGAAGAAAAUGGCAGCAGUGUCUUGUUCUUGAAUGCUGGUGACACGUAUACAGGUACCCCAUGGUUUACCCUCUACAAGGAGACCAUUGCAACGGAGAUGAUGAACAUCCUUCGUCCAGAUGCAGCCUCACUGGGAAAUCAUGAAUUCGACAAAGGAGUAGAAGGACUCGUGCCAUUCCUCAAUGGUGUCACCUUCCCUAUUUUAACAGCGAAUUUGGACACUUCUCAAGAGCCAACAAUGACCAAUGCUAAAAAUCUCAAACGCUCAAUGAUUUUUACGGUUUCCGGGCACAGAGUUGGUGUAAUUGGCUACCUAACGCCUGAUACAAAAUUCCUCUCGGACGUUGGUAAAGUUAAUUUUAUUCCGGAAGUUGAAGCCAUCAAUGCGGAAGCACAGCGUCUGAAGAAAGAGGAAAAUGCCGAAAUAAUCAUCAUUGUUGGACAUUCAGGGUUGAUAAAAGAUCGAGAAAUUGCGGAGAAAUGCCCACUGGUUGACAUAAUUGUUGGAGGACAUUCACACACGUUCCUCUACACAGGAAGUCAGCCUGAUCGUGAGGUUCCUGUAGACGUUUAUCCUGUUGUUGUGACCCAAUCCAGUGGAAAGAAAGUUCCAAUUGUUCAAGCCUAUUGCUUUACAAAGUAUUUGGGGUACUUUAAAGUGACGAUCAACGGAAAAGGAAAUGUUGUGGGAUGGACUGGGCAACCAAUUCUCCUGAAUAACAGCAUUCCCCAAGAUCAGGAAGUUCUCACUGCUCUUGAAAAGUACAGAGAACGUGUGGAAAAUUACGGGAAUCGCGUAAUUGGAGUUUCCCGCGUAAUUCUCAAUGGGGGACAUACUGAAUGUCGUUUCCAUGAAUGCAAUAUGGGUAAUCUCAUCACGGAUGCUUUUGUGCAUGGCAAUGUAAUUAGUACACCAAUGAGUACGAAUGCCUGGACAGAUGCAAGUGUUGUUCUGUAUCAAAGUGGUGGCAUUCGUGCUCCAAUUGAUCCUCGUACCGCGGCUGGGAGCAUCACACGCCUCGAGCUGGACAAUGUUCUACCAUUUGGGAAUGCACUGUACGUCGUAGAAGUUCCUGGGAAUGUCCUACGCAAAGCCUUGGAACAUUCAGUCCAUCGAUACUCCAACACUUCGGGAUGGGGAGAAUUUCCACAAGUUUCGGGGCUAAAGAUUCGUUUUAACGUCAAUGAAGAAAUUGGAAAACGCGUAAAGUCCGUUAAAGUUCUCUGUAGCAAUUGCUCUCAACCUGAAUACCAACCACUGAGAAAUAAAAAAACUUACAACGUUAUCAUGGACAGUUUUAUGAAGGAUGGAGGUGAUGGAUAUAGCAUGUUCAAGCCCUUGAAGAUCAUCAAGACCCUCCCACUGGGAGAUAUUGAAACAGUAGAAGCUUAUAUUGAGAAAAUGAGCCCCAUUUUCCCAGCAGUCGAGGGAAGGAUCACUGUUCUUGGGGGACUUCAAAAAUCAGAUGAGGAUUGGCAUUAGAAACAUCCUGGACGUUAUGGAAAGAAUAAAAGAAGGAUCAUAGAAAAUGCGUUUGAUUUUUUAGGCGAACUGUUUUCUAUAACAAAAAUUUCAUAAAAUAUGCAUAAUUUCAAAUAAUUUCCCUUUUUUCAACUAAUUGAGCCAGAAAUAUUGUUUAUGCUCCCGAAUGUCAAAUAAAUUGUGCAUAUUAUUAUCAA